GCAGCCAAUCAACGUGAAGCCGAGCGGAGGCGCCAAAGCGGCGGCGCCGUGACGGGAGGCCCCGAGCCCCGGGCCUGGAGGCCAGCGCGAAGCCGAGGACAGCCUGAGGCCUAGGCCCCGCUUCCUGUCACCUCCCCCCCCCUCACCCCCCGUGCUGUAGGAGCGAGGCCGUCAUGCAACCAUGAAGCGAGUACGUACAGAACAGAUUCAGACUGCAGUGGCUCUCUACCUCCGAAGAAGACAAUAUGUUGACUCUGAUGGAGCCCUGAAGCAAGGACCCAAGUUUUCUCAGACUGCAGAAGAAAUGGCAACUAACUUAACAGUUCAGACAGAGUCUGGUUCUCCCAAUGUGGUGUCUGCAGCUCCCUGUCAAGCUGAUCCUAAUCAGUACGAAAUACAGUUUGCACGGCUGAAAAUCUUCCUUUUUGAUACCGACUCAAAGUACAGCCAAGAAGUGAAACAAUUGCUCUAUCCUUUAUUUGUCUACCUCCACCUUGAUAUGGUUCACAGUGGUCUGAAGAGUGCAGCCGAUAGUUUCUACAGUCGCUUUCAUGGGAUGUUCCUACAAAGUACGGACCAGAAGGACAUCAUGGAACAGCUCCGGACUACUCUGAAUAGUCAGGACAUUUAUUCAAACUCCAAGCUGCGAAGCCUGACCGAAAAUAAAUAUGUUCUUAGCCUUACUGAAGAAAGUUACAACUAUCUCCUCCGCUACCUCCAGAGUGACAACAAUAGUGCUUUGUGCAAGGUUCUGGCCUCUCGUGUUCAGCUGGAUGUGCAGUGUUCUCCACAGACAGGCUAUCAGCUGUAUAAUGCCGGGACGCUAUCUCGCACCGAGGGGGUGGGCCUGGAGCCCUCUGAGCUACCCUCUACUAUGUUGCAGAAUGAAGCUGCGCUGGACAUGUUGCAGGACAGCAUAAAACGGGUAAAAGAUGGGCCUCCCUCCCUCACAACCAUUUGUUUCUAUGCUUUCCACAACACGGACCAGCUGCUCAAUACUGCGGAAAUUUCGCCGAACAAUAAACUGCUCAGUGCUGGCUUUGAUAACUCUUGCAUCAAACUCUGGAGCUUGAGGGCGAAGAAACUCAAAUAUGGCCCACAGCAAGUGGACGUCUCUCGGAUCAACCUCGCCUGUGACAUCCUGGAUGAUGAGGUGGAAGAUGAUGUGGGCAGUGAAAUGAAAAUACUACGAGGACACUGUGGGCCUGUGUAUGCUACCAAGUUCCUCUCUGAUAAUUCAGGACUUCUGUCUUGUUCAGAAGACACAACAGUCCGAUACUGGGAUUUGUGCAGUUUCAAGAACACUGGUUUGUAUCAAGGACAUGUUUAUCCCAUCUGGGACAUCGAUAUUAGUCCCUUGAGCCUUUACUUUGUGACUGGAUCACAUGAUCGGACAGCAAGACUUUGGGCACUUGACAGAACAUACCCUCUACGCAUUUACGCAGGCCACCUAGCAGAUGUAGACUGUGUUAAGUUCCAUCCAAAUUCUAAUUACAUAGCCACAGGCUCAAUAGAUAAAACUGUGCGGCUCUGGAGUACGCAGCAAGGGAAUACUGUCCGUCUCUUCACAGGACAUCGGGGACCUGUGUUGGCAUUAGCUUUCUCUCCUAAUGGAAAGUACUUGGCCUCAGCAGGUGAAGAUCAGCGACUAAAGUUGUGGGACCUUGCAUCAGGUACUUUAUUCAAAGAACUGAGAGGGCAUACUGACAAUAUAACUAAUCUUGCAUUUAGUCCCGACAGCAGUUUGAUAGUUUCUGCAUCUGUGGAUAAUUCGGUCCGUGUGUGGGAUAUUUAUAACACUUAUUCAAAUUCACUGGUGGAUGGUUCCUCCAGUGAGCUGGUGGGUGUAUACAUGGGACCUACCAGCAACCUUUUGAGUGUGCAGUUCAUGGCCUGCAAUCUGGUCUUGGUUACUGGUGUUGCACAAGAGAAAAAGGAACAAUAAGUGGACAAGAACAAUUCCUUCUGUUUAAUUAGAAGCACCUAGAUAAGUAAGCUGUAAGAGGACCAGAUGUGUCUUGAAUGUACCUGGCCAGCUUGCUGUGGAAAGACGUUUUGAGAUUAUACCUCACUGGCUUGCUUUGAUCACACCUUGCAGCUAAAUACACCAUCUGUUGCACAAUCUUCCCUGUAGUUCCAUAGGAAUGAGUGAUCCUAUGAUUGGCACUGGGACUGAUGUUGGUGGUUCUUCCCUUGCCGAGCCUUGGACAUCUGUUUGUUGCUCCAUUCGCAGUGCUGUGCAAAUUCACGAAUUGCAGAGGUUCUGGUCAGCAUGUGAGGUUAAGACACAUGCCUGCACCUCUCGUGUUGCCAUUACAUUCAGAAUGUCAGCCAGAAAUUGUUCUGAUGUUAGCUGCCAUUUGUCCAGCUGUAAAAUGAAUUAUACCACUUGUACACAGUCAGCCAAAAGGUGACUGGAAUGUUUUUGCUGUAAUUUAUUUAGCCUGAUCUUGGGUUGGCAGAACAAACAAAAUCCUGGUUGAAAUUUAAGUUCUUCUGUUACACUGGCCCAGAUGUUUAAUUCUUCAAUUUUCUGGCAAAUACAUUUGUAUGGCAGAAAUUGAUUAUGUUUCAUCUGUAAAGUGGUGUACUCAAUAUCAUGAAAGGAAUGUGAGGAUUUGAAAAGUACAUCAAGAUGCAGCCACAAGCCUUUGGAACACAAUGUGAACCUUCAGCUUUCGGUCUCCUGAAAAGCGUUCAGUAUACAUUUUUGUUAAACUGCAUAUUAAACUCUGUUUCACACAAUCAAAUAAAUCUGGUUCCUGCUCUCCAAAUCCAAUUUGUAGUUUCUGAAUGCAAUAUCAAUUGCUAGUUUUUUUUUUAAACCAGUGAUCAAGAUGUUGUGUUUGGAAGUAACACUGAAAUUAAAAUAAACUUUCAUUUGUAUCAUUGUAUAUUUA